UUAAAGUGAACCAGCCACUUAAAAAUAUAAUUAGUAUACAAAAGUAAUAUACACAGUUUUAAAAAAAUAAAAGUAAAUUCUCAAUUUUUAUUACUUCAUCGGGUUUAUUUUCAAUGAGUUUUUGUUAAUUUAUACUUCAAAAAUGUUUGAACUUUUAUAUAUUUUACUCUACGAAAUUAAAAUGUUAAAUUUCAAAUUCAAUAAUUUCAUAAAAUGAAGAAGUGGUUUAAGAGCAAGGUAAACGAAAUCGGCGAAAAAGCCGUGGAUUCUAUGGUUAAUUUAAUCUUUUCAAAAAAUGACACACCGAUGAAUUAUUUUAACCAGAAUCCCCUAAUUAACGCGAUAACGAAGAGCGUAAACUCUCGAUUUACUGUAAAGCAGUCAAACACCAAACUGGUGGAUGAUAAGUUGGAAAGGUAUCCCGCUAUUUGCGAUUUUGAUCUUCUGGUGACUGAAGGUAUAUUCUUGCUCGUUUCAGACGGAAGUAUGGCACACACUAAAUAUUUUUCAAAUACAAACAAGGCAACAUCUUCUAAAAGUAGUUCAGCUUCAUCUAAUACACCAUUCUCAAAUCUGGAUAGUUUUCGUGAAUCAGAACAUCCAGAUAGCUCUGUAAUGGGUCCAAUAAGGCACACAAUGAUAGUUGAUGAGAAAAAGAAUAAAAUUGAGUUUGAUUCUAUAGGACCAGUAAAACCGAAUUUUUGUAAAUAUAGAUUAGAAAUUGGGCUUAAUAAUAGACGUUUUUUCAGUGAAAGAAGAAGUAUGCAGGACGAUUUCAACAGAGUCAUCUUUGAUUAUUGUUUUACAGGUAAAGUGUAUAAUAUAAAUACUGAUGUUUUAAUUUCCCUUUGGUGUGAGCUUGACAUCAACAAGUAUGAAUCAGUUGAACAAGACGAUAUUGUUUAUAAAAAACAAAUUCAACCAAGAAAAAUAUCCUCAGUCCAGUGUCCGUCAAUUUACGCGCCUAGAAUAUCUUCUCAAUCAUAUGAAUCACCAAAUAACGUACCUAAUGGAUUAAUCCCAGAUGAGUCACCUGAAUCCAAUUUAUCCGAAUACCAAAAUGGAUUGUACUCUGCCUCUGAAAACUCGUACAUUACCCCUCGGGAAACCUUUUCCAACACUAAGUAUACUUUUUCAAAUACUAACCAUAUUUUUGAUAAAGAUAACAGUGACUAUAAUAAUAAUAACCACACUACCCGUGAUAAUAGUCCAACAGUAAACGUUAAAAAAAAUAAAAAGGAAAAAUCUAAGAGUAAGAAGGAUAAAAAGGACGUGACGUACACUUCAGAUUCAGAUAAAGAUUCCUCAGACAUGUAUUUAGAGUUAAUGGUAGGGAAGGAACCUAGAGAUAAGUUAGACAAGGACAAGGAUAAGAAUAGUUAUAGUAGAAGACUAGGAAGAGCAGUGUUGUCAAUACCACUUAUACUCUCUUCUUUUGGCCCUGAAGGAUCACUGGACAUUCAUGAAGACUUGAAGUUCUUAAUUAAAUAUUCCAAAAAGGUCCUCUCUGUAAAUUUUGAUCCUUCAAAACAAGAGGAUGAAAAUGUGAGUGAAACUGAAUUUGAUCAUUCCGAUUCAUCUUGUCACACUGAUUUUAAUCAAGAUUACCAUAAACUAGAAACCGAAAAUAAAGGGGUGGUCAAAGAAGGGAAUAAUGGUAUUGGUAAUAAAGAAAGUAGAUAUAAAAUAAGAAGUUGUUUUUGGUUACAGCUGUUUCCAUUCAACGAGAAUGACGAUUUUAAAUUUAUAAGACCGUAUUGCGGAUACCAUUCAUAUGGAAUGAGGAACCCUGGAGACUCUAUAGGCUUUCUUUUGGUUUCAGUACAGCUGACUUUUGAAAUUAAUCCCACAUUGUUACCGAUUUUAAACAAUCUAGUUCCGCUUGGUUACGAGUGGAUUAUCCCUAAAAAUUUUGAAAUGGUCCACUUCUACUCUCUGACAGAUAGGCUUUAUAUAUACUUGUAUAAUGUUCCGAUUUGGAUCACAAGGCUACUUUUGGGCGGAACUCAAAUUGUUUUCAACCCUAACUUUGUUAGCGAUUGUAUACGUAAGAAAUUUAAAGAUAAAUUGACGGAUUUAUGUACUAUAAAGGACAACUGUAAUGAUGAAGGUAAUAAUAAUAAGAAUAGUAAUGAUAAUGCUAAUAGUUUAAAGGAUACUGAUAGUAAAGAAAACCUAGAGAGUAAGAAGGGAGAUGAUCCCACCACCUUCUUCACCUACAAAGUCAUUCAACUUGAUGGGAUUGACCUUUUGUUCAUAAUACCGUUUUGGUUUCUGAUUUAUGAGCUGAUUGCAGUUGCAAGUCUGUGGAAAAUGCCACUAAUUCUAUAUCUCUUAAUUGUCCUUGUUAUGAUAUACUACAAGGUGGUCAUGGAUCGUUUUACAGCCUUUGGAGACCGGCUUAGUGUUUUAAAAAAUUUACAACGAAGUGGUAUUUUAGGUGAUUUUGUAGGAGUGGGUAGAACCAAGUACAAGAGUUGUACACUUUUCACAAGUGAUGAUUCUAAAUUAUAUAAUGUAGAGGAUUUGUUGAGCAGUUCAAUUGCUUCUACUCCUGUCACCACUCCCAAUACGCCUAAUCUCAGUUCUAACCUAGCAAAAACUUCCCCAAUCAAGGAUAAAAUCAAGGAACAAAGUAAGGAAAUUAAUCAGGAGAAUGAACAAAAGAGUGAAAAGGAUCAGAAAUCAGGUAGAGGUUGUGAAAACAGUGCAAAACACGGUAAAGAUGGUAAAGAAAAGUAUAACUAUUCAACGAAUAGCAGUAGAUAUUACCCAAUGAAAGAUGACAAGUUCAAUAACUCAUUGUUUGAGAAUCAUCUGUACAAAAGGUUUAAUCUGAUAAAUAGAUCAGGAGUAACUGCAACAGACUCUCUAGUGGUCACACCCUUUGGAAAAUACAAGUUAAAUUUCCUGGGACUGGGAGAAGAAUACCCAAUUUUUUUUGAUGAUUUUGCAGAUUUUGAUCUGAAAGAGCUGGUAAAGGACGUUCUGUUAUCCCUAAAGUACAUUCAAAGACUUCUUGGUUACAUUUGCAUUACUUUAGAGAAGAUUAGAUUCUCUCUAGACACAGGUUUUUAUCAGACGACUGUUCUAACGUUAUUCAUGCUUUCUGUAACUCUUCUUCCACUUACUCUGUUUUUAAAGUUGCUUUCAAGGUUUUCUUUACGCACCUUUAGAUUCAUACUGUUUUUGUCAUUUUUUUAUCUGUGUAUGAAAAGGCAUUUUAAACUCAUGUUAUCUGAUCUUUUUUACCUUUCAAGGAAGGUAAGAAACUUCACAACUGGUAGUUCUGAUGGUACCAGUAGAGAUAAUAAUACUAAUAUGAAUCUCUUAGGUAGCCUAUUUGAUUGUCCUCUUAGAGCGGGUAAGGGUAUCCUUUGGUUUAUUAGUGAAUUUUAUAAGAAUUGGUUGAAAGGUCUUCCUGAUCACAGAGAAAUAGACCAUAGAAAGAUUUGUGCCUUACAGGCUCUUCCUUCACUGUGCCACUUGUUGCCAAAGGAACACGAAAUUGACUGGAGGUAUUACAGGCGUCAGUUCGAAAAUCACUACAAAGUGUUUGGGAACAACUCGGAAAACUUAGGAAUUGAUUUAAAAACUUAUGCAAGGUGUAAAUCACUCGUUGAAAGGACUAUUUUAGAAGAGUAUCUUUCCAAUAAUUUACCAGUUGAUUUAUCUGGUGAUUGA